CACCUAAACAGGCAGCUCGUACCACCUCAUUGAACAUGGUCCGUGCAUCCAGAAAGGCGCCAGCAAAUCUUGGGAAACCCAUCACCGACUUCUUCUUCCCCAAGUCUGCUGUUCAGCAGUCUGCCACUGCGUCUAUGGGCUCUAGCCCAAAUAGGACGAGCAGAUUUUCGACAAGGACGGAGGUUAAGUCCAAAUCAGUUCAAUUUUCAACGCCAGUUACACCUGUUGGCGAAAGCAUAUCGAUUUUGACAGGCAGGGUCGGCGCGUCGACGAGAGAAUCUUUGGCGACGCGCGGGAGCCUACAGAACGCAGCGAAAUCAUCGAAGACACUACUCUCGCCCUCUGUAUUGACUCGACAGCACUCCAGGACUCCGGAUAUGCAUGCAGGGCGGUCAGUAAACAACACCAAGAGCCCAACACCCUUAUCACCUAGUCAGCAUGUAACGACCAAACGCAAAGCAAAGUUUGACCUGGAUGACUUGGGCGCCGAUUCAAAGGCGAACGAUGCCGUUGUGUAUAUCCCACGCUCCUCUACUCGACCUCCAAACAUAUCUGCUCACAUAGCUCCUCACGACCUUCCCCAGACCGACAGAAAGCGACUUCGCUUCUCUUCUCCAGACACCAACACCGACGUCGUCCCUGGGAGCCUGUCAGAUGAAGAGGAAAUGACCUCUGAAUUUCUCCCUCAGCGCGACGUGAACAUCGCGAAGCCGGACGUGAAUCAAUGGCGUCAUGGUACUACAUCUCCUGUUCCAGCUGAGGAUGCUGUAGCUGAUAGUGAGGAUGCAUCGUCACCCAUGUUUACUCCUGAAGAGAGCCCCUUUGCUUCUCGCCCCGCUACACCACCCGUUUUUCAGCAGCACACCCCACCACCAACCGAUGUUUCUUCUGCAUCUGCCCUUGUAGAAUCGCCUACCAUGGUCAGAACUGCAAAGCUCAUAGCUGCGAUCAAGGAGCAAGCUUGGCAAAAGGCGUUAUCCAGUCCUGACAUGACCAUUCCAGAGUUCAAGGAGGACCUUGACAGCAGCAGUGACGAAGAUGUUUUGCCCACCCAGCUCUUUGCCAAAGGAAAAGGCAAAGCGGUACAACGGGACUUCAGUCCCUCUGCAAGGCCCAGGCGUAGUCUUCGAAGUAAGGUUUCACCCUCCAGCUCACGUCAUGAUUCGAUUUCUCCUCCUCGCGCCUCGAAACGGGCGCGCAUCGUCCCCUCCAGAGGGCUUGUUAUGCUUGCGACGGAGGCACCCAAAAAGAAGUCCGUCAAUCCGAUUGACACUCUUCUGAGAGAAAAGAAACGCGGUGAAAGCAGCGGUGGGGGCGCUGCUGGACUUCUCCGCGCAGAAAACGCUCUUGCUAGUGGUAAUGUAGAACUCCCUUUGGCUGCGGAGAAUCUGGCAUUAGACACAAUACGACACCAGGCCGACCUUCUGAAUGGGAGUUCAACAGAUCCGAUAGACGUUGGCGAUAUGUCGUUCGACCAGGAAGGGGGACAGAGGUUACUAGGAGAGAAGCGCGGAAAGGCUGUCUUGGAUAUUCUGGAAGGCGACAAACGCAAAAUCGAACACAUCAGGAUGCAUCAGAAGUAUUUAGGUGUACCCCUGUGGGACGACGAACCCAAGGACACCACGAUGGAUUCGGCAAGUCUACAUUCGUUCGACGAAGAAGAUACGCCGGCCCUGAAACUCCUCAAGGAUGCCAUCGGCAAGCAGAAUACUGCGCAGGCUGCGUUACUGUUAGAAUCUGGAAUCUUCCUCAACGUCAAUUCACGGAAAAAUCCUUCUGUCGUUCCGUAUCUAUGCCAUUUAGCACUGUGCUUUCACGAAGGUUCCUUAUCAUUUGCGGCAUUUUCAGCCCUCAUCAACAUAUGGUAUAUGCCUGAUUGUCGAGCCUGUGGAGUGUCGUUUGACUCAAUACUUGCCGCCAUUACACACCUCGGCGCUAAGCCUUCGGUUAUUGAGUCACUUGGUUGGUCACAGCCGUCUGAAGUGGCCAUUCCACCUGCAAGGAACGAAGAAACCUUAUAUCGCUUGGUUGCCAUGGUGACUAUGAGUGCAAGAUCGGGAGGACUGAUUAUGGAAGAGAUCCCAGAUAUAUUUAUGAUCCUCCUAUUGAUUGCACUUGAUCCUUCGAACUCGAGUGAAAUACUGCUAGAUGUUGUCAAAGCAGUCGAUGCUUUGUGUCGUUCAAUCGCUCCAGGAGACAGCAUUUCUAAGUCAAUUGAAAGUCGUAUUUGCAGCAAAGUCGCCAAACAUGCCCUCGAUCUGGCCCCUAUCAAUAAAGCACAUAUGAUAUCCUUCAUCUCUGCGGGUACUGGGCGUGCGCAACGGAUUGCAAGAAACAUUGUUCACUGUGUUCUUACUGGAACGGAAAGUAUAUCUGCGGACAUAUACUCAGACCUACCCCCUCUCACGGAGAUCAUCGACACGAUCUUGACAUCUGAUAUUUUCAACAUUUGCGACGAGACGGAUUACGUUGACUUAGGUUUCUGGACUGAACUAUUAGCGGUCGCCCUUUCAAAUAUCGAAGGUUAUGUUGCACAAGAAAUGAAACACCCUCCGCCUAUCGGUAGCCCUAGCAAAUCUGAUAAAACACACACGGUUCUGCAGCUUGUUCGGCAAGCCAUCGAAGAUGUGCACUCAAGGAUUGAUGAUACACGUGCGGCGCACCUGGACCGUACACGCACCAAGCUGUCUCUCAAAAAACUGUCCAUGCGACUGGCGUAUCAGUAUAAAGCUGCCAUAGAUGUACAGAAUAAGCACAUCCAUCAGUAUUUCAAGAAACCUGAAUAGAUUCGGACUUAUUAUUUAACGAGGAAGCUCGAGUAUUAUUACUGUUGUCACCUUUCACAAUUGUGGGGACCGCUUGACACCCGCUG